CGCGGGCGGCGGGAAGGCGCGGGGCGGGAGCUGCGAGGAGCCGCGUCCCUCAGCGGCGGGGAAGGGCCGCGUCCUCGGGCUGCGCGGGCAGCGAGCGCGACGUGCCCUUGAAGGGGAGAGCUGAGGGAUGAGGGAGAAGAGCGAGGAGCUUUACCUCAGCGCGGGCGCGGAGCGCGCGGAACCGCGGGCAUCGGGCAGGCCUGGCCUGACUGAAACGGCGGGCCGCGCGUGGAGAAGCGCUUCUCGUCCGUUGGGAUGGCAUUACCGUGCGGGCGGUCUGGGAGGCCCCGUAAGGGCGCCUCGCUGCCUCCUGCGCUGCACAACGACGCCGCUAGGGGGCGGUGCUGUGCCGCCACAGACGGCGAGGGAGCGAGUUGCAGCCAGAGGGCUGGGCGGGGAAACAGAGCUUGUUUUGUUUCCAUGGGAAAGGAUGCUGUUGACUCGAGAUUAGGGAAUCGCUGCUUCCCUGUCGCUGCGAGGAGACCUCGUUGAGGCCUUACGACGGAGAAAUAGGAGAGUAGAACUGCCAUCCAUUUCAGCAGUUGUUUUCCCAGAUGACAUUUGUGUCCACUUCUCUUAAAACAAAACAGGUGACAAUCACAGAGAGCAGAAUAUGGCUGGACAAAUAUCAGAAACUGAUCAGAUCAAGCAGUUCAAGGAGUUCCUGGGAACAUAUAAUAAAAUUACAGAAAAUUGCUUCAUGGACUGUAUAAGGGAUUUCACCACCAGAGAAGUUAAACCAGAAGAGAUAACUUGCUCAGAACACUGCCUACAGAAGUAUUUGAAAAUGACACAGAGGAUCUCCAUGAGAUUUCAGGAGUAUCACAUUCAGCAGAAUGAAGCUCUGGCAGCUAAAGCAGGACUGCUCAGCCAACCUCGUUAGACAAGAGCACUCUGUUCAGACUUCAUGAACAGUGCCGGUGUUCACCGGGCAAGAACACGUUUUGGAUUUUCUACUGUCAAGAUGCAUGUCCAGCAACUCUGAAGAUUGUUCUAGGUGCUGUUUGGAAACUGGAAGCCGUGGAGGGUAAUGCAAAGAGUUAAGAGAGUGCUGUCUGACAGCAGAGUCUCUUUCUGAGGUCUUUUCCAUUCUGCAGUGGAAUAAUACAAUUUUUUUUCAGGGCCCACAGACUACUAUAUUUAAAUUUCAAGAGGAUGGGAAAGUUAUACUUUUUCUUCUGCUAGGACUGAUUCAGAGGCAAAAGAAGUGUAAUAUGGAAAUACAUUUUUUAAUUUAAUUCAAGUAAAGUAAAUGGAACCA